CACAGUGUGGAUACAACCAGAGUGUGACAAGACUUUUUAUUUUAAAAGAAAACAGGAUGGAAUUUGGAAACUUGACCUCCUGGCCAAGUGCUACUACUAAAUGAAACAUUAAAAAGGGGGGGACAAUCCAAGAAAAAAAUUUCUCAGAAAGGCCAACUGCUGAGCAUGACAGAGACUGAAUUACUCAUUAGAAGUGACCUCUCCAGGACAGAUCGGAGGCAUAUGGAGAAUGAGCCCAAAUAUUUGUUGUCUUUGUAAGCUAUUCAGAGAAGACGAAAAUGGGAUCACUUCUAAAGUGUCAUUGGAGGAAGUGCUACAGUGGUCCCAAUCUUUUGAAACACUGAUGACUACUAAAUAUGGGCCUAUAAUCUACAAGACCUACCUGAAGACAGAAUACAGUGAUGAGAACAUUGAAUUCUGGCUUGCAUGUGAAACUUACAAGAAGAUUGAAUCACGGAGGAAAAGGAUUUCUGUGGCCAGGAGAAUUUUUAAAAAUUACAUUCAGCCCCAGGCGCCUAAAGAGAUUAACAUUGAUAGUCCUGCAAGGGAAGCUAUUAUCAGGAAUAUUCAAGAACCAACUCAAUCCUGUUUUGAUGAAGCUCAGAGAAUAGUUUACAUGCACAUGGAAAGGGAUUCAUAUCCCAGGUUUCUUGGAUCAGAAAUCUAUCAGAAACUCAAACACAGGCCUUCAGACUGACAGCAAUGACUCAAUACAUUAAAGAGGGAGACUAAGGAUUUAGCAGAAGAGACUUCCUUCUGGUUUAUUAAUGUUUUCAAAUGGUAAAAGAAGAACAGAAGAAAUCAGCCAAUGGAUGAAUUUUCCUUACAAAGAAUGGUAGUUUGUUCUUAUGCAGAUAUUAGAGCUGAACAUAAAAUACUUUC